AUGGCGCAUCAAGCUGAGGAGAUUGUAGCCAACAAAGCUACUUACAACAUGAGGAUAGAAAAAGGAGCUCAGGCGAGUAGCUUGAACCAUGAAGGAGCUAAAGUGAGAAGCUUUAAGCUAGAAGAGGCUCAGGCGGGAAGCUUAAAGCUUGGAGGAGCUAAAGUGAGAAGCUUUAGGCUUGAAGAGAGAGCAGUUCAACCAUACAGUACAAGGUGUGAGAUUGAAACAGCUCAGAGGAGAAGAUCCGAUCUGAAGAGAGGCUGUGGAGUCAAGGAGACAAGCGCAGACCUAAGAAGAGGAAAGGAAGAACUCCAGAAGCUUGUGGGAAAGCUGAAGUAUCUAUGGAGAGAGCUGGAUGUGUUGAGAGUGAACACAUCAGUUCCGGGAAUGGUGCAAGAUAGGCUGAAGCAAGGUGUAGUCUUGAGCCUUUUAGUGAGUUUAAAUUCAUCAUAUGGUGAGAAGAUUAAACAAAGUAUCAAAGAGGACAAGCAGCUGGAUGUGUAUGGCAUAAGCGAGUUGUUUGAGUGUACCUAUGAAGGGUAUAAGAAGAGUAAGAAGCUGCUCCGGAAGAGGAGGAGGUAUAGAAUGCUGUCUAAAACACAUAUCAACAUGGGAAAGUGUAGGAAGAGUGUUGUGGGAGAGUGUUCUUACUCGGCCUAUAUGGGUAGUUCAGUGGAGGAUGGGCAGAUUAUGAAAAAGCUAGAGGCAAAAGGAGCAGAUGAUGUAAUAACCAAGGGGGAAUGGGAUGAGUUUGUGAAGUAUGUGUAUGCUUUGGCUACGACCCGGAGACAAGGUGCUCCUGCCUCAGCAUACACAUCUAGCAAACCCAUCAUCAUUGAUUCUGGAGCAAGUCAUCAUAUGAUCAGUGAUAGAAGCUUGAUGAGUGAGAUCAAGGCAGCAACAGGGCAUGUUUUGGUGGCUAAUGGUACUAAAGUUCCAAUAGAAGGAGUGGGAAAUCUGAAACUGUUUGAGAAGAACUCAGCUGCCUUCUAUUUGCCUCAGUUCACAUCAAAUCUGAUAUCUGUGAGGAAGGCCACAAUUGAUCUCAAUUGUCAAGUUGUAUUCAGGCCAAAUGAUGUUGAGUUUCAAGAUUUGAAGACUGGGAGAGUUAUUGGAAAAGGAGACAGCAAGAAUCAGCUAUAUCAUCUCCAAACAGCUAAGGCUUCUAAUCCUAUUGGAUUUUAUGUGUGGACUGCUCCAUGCUUGUCUAGAGACAGCAACAAGUACUUUGUGACUUUCAUUGAUGAGAGAUCCAAGUAUACUUGGCUUACAUUGCUUCCUUCUAAGGAUAGGGUGUUGGAAGCAUUCAUGAACUUCCAAGCAUAUGUCUCUAAUCAGUAUAAUGCUACGGUGAAGAUACUGAGAUCAGACAAUGGAGGUGAAUACACCAGCAAUGCCUUCAAGAGUCAUCUAGCUAAGCAUGGGAUUAGGUUUUGGGGUGAUGCUGUUCAGACUGCUUGCUAUCUCAUCAACCGGACUCCAACAAAGAUCUUGAAGAAUCUGUCUCCAUUUGAAGUUUUGAAUAAGAGCAAGCCUGUCAUUGAUCACCUGAGAGUGUUUGGGUGUGUUUGCUAUGUCAUGGUUCCUGGUGAGCAGAGAAACAAGUUGGAGGAGGUUAAAGUCUCUAGAGAAGUGAAGUUUAUGGAGUCUAGAGGGUACUAUGAGGAAAAGAAGUGGGAAGACUUGGAGGAUCUGUCUCAUGGACAAUCAGACAAGGCAGCAACACUAAGGAUUGUGUUGGAAAGGCUGGGGAUAGAUAUGUCUCGGAAUCAGGCUGAAGAAGCUAAAGGUACAACCCCUCUUGAUCAUGAGGGGAGAAUGGAUCUGAAUCAGGAAGUGGAAAAUGUUGCUCAGUCUAAUGAAGAAGAGCAAGGGGAGCCUACUGGUAUAAAUGAGCAAGGGGUUCAGUCAGGUGAAGAGGAGCAGAGUGGUGAAUCUACUGGGCUAGAAGAGGAAGUACAUAAUGAGGUUCAUACAGAAGAUCAGGUUGAGACAUUACGGAGGGCACAAGGAUAA